AUGACCGACACCAUGUUUGGGAACGGAAAUGACCAGUGGGUGUGUCCCAACGACCGGCAGUUGGCCCUCAGAGCAAAGCUGCACACAGGCUGGUCCGUGCAUACCUUCAAGACGGAGAGGCAGAGGAAGAGUCAGAUCCUGGAGAAGAGAGAGCUGGACAUCAUUAUGAGUGUAAUACAAAGGGCAGAGCAGCUGGAUCUCAUUGAGCAGUGCCGGAUCGGGCGUCUGGUGGAGCGUCUGGACAACAUGAGGAGGAGUGCUGUGGGAAACGGGAUGACUCAGUGUCUGCUCUGUGGGGAGGUACUGGGCCUGCUAGGGACGCCCUCUGUUCUGUGCCAGGACUGCUGUAAGGUGUGGAAACGCUCAGGAGCGUGGUUUUACAAGGCCUUGCCGAAACACGUGCGGCCCACUAAGGAUGCCGCUUUAGAUGUCAGGAGACCGGUCGUCGAGAGGACGGAGCAGGAAGUGACCCGGAGCGAGGCGGCUAGCCGCACAUACACAUGGGCACACACCAAAGUCAUCUCCAGUGAGAGUGAUGGCAGUGACACUGAGCUCAGUGAGUGUAGCGGUGACAGAAGAGCGUCCAUCACAGACAGCAACCCGAGGAGAGACUCAGAGUCCAGCGGGGGCCAGGUUCACACGCCCGUCGGUUCGGCAGGUCAGACGACACGCAGAAGCUCCAGCCUCCAGUCAGAGAGCCGUUCCAGCCUGGGCAGCGAGCGGAGCACCUUCCCGCUGGUCACGGAAGACGAGGACACGGACUACAGCCGCCCAUCUUUGAAUGUGAAGACUACCGGCAGACCCGUGGCCCCCCCACCCCCCGCCGCUGACUCACCCAGCAGAACCCUCCCCCCGCCCAGCCGAGCUGCCGUGACCUCUGGCUCCAGCAGGGACGGCCGCGCACGGGGCCGCGCAAGCCGGGUUCGGGCCACCGCUAAGAUCCACAAGUCUAGCCCCGAAGAAACCAGAAUCCCGGCGUGA